GAAAUUAUUAGCCCUACUCGAAAACCAGGUAAACAUAAACAGCUGAUGUUAUAAAAUGAGACAUAUGUAAAGAAACCAAAAUUUAUCGUUGGAAGAUGUCUUUUAUGUCACAGAAAUUAUUAUGUGUUCAACUUCCAUUAUUAUAUGCUAAGCGUUUUCGUGGUAAAAUUAAUAUUCAACGACCAAGGCAACCACAUUAUGAGAGGGCUAAGAUACUCGCUGUCACUCAACCUAUAUUUCCAAAGCCCGAUUUGAAAAAAAAAUGUUUUGAAAAGAACGUAGAUGCUUUAAGAGUUAAUCCAUAUGAUGAAAUAAUAGCUAAAGAAGUCUUUAACUGGCUAAAUCAUUCAAAAAUGGUUGGCAUUUUUCAUCUAAAUUCGAUAACAAGCGAUGAAAUUUUUAAAGUCAAGGUAGCUUUACACAAACAAAAUAUGCAUUUAAAAACCUAUGGAAAGAAAAUCAUAGGAAAAGCUGUCGUUGAUACAAAAUAUGAAGCUAUUUACCAGCUAUUUAAUUCUAAUCAUUGUUUUGUUUUUUCUCCUGAGGAGAAAGUUUCACAAUUAGUUAAAAUCACCAGAAAAGUCCCGCAAAUGAUUCUCUUAGCUGGAAUAAUUCAAGAUAGAUUAUUAAGUCGCAACGAAUUUGUCGAAUAUGCAAAACUACCGGAUUUACAGGCAAUGAGAUGUGAGUUAGUUAAUGUUUUAAACAUGGUUGGAAAUCAAAUAAUUACUAACUUAGAAAGCCAUCAAAAAAAUUUAAUAAACGUAUUGGACGCUUAUGCCAAAGGUGAAAAUAAUACAAACAAAAAUAUAGAAGAGGAUACAAAAGUUUAACAAAAAUAAAAAAAAAGUUUAACAAAAGAAGAAGUGGUUCUUUUUUCUAUAAAUUAUAUAUGCUAAAUAUAAAAACGUAAACUUUA